AUGUCGGGUCGAGGCAAAGGAGGUAAGGCUAAAUCAUCAGCUAAGGCCAAGACACGCUCCAGCAGAGCUGGCCUGCAAUUUCCGGUUGGUCGAAUACAUCGGCUUCUUCGCAAGGGAAAUUAUGCCGAACGUGUAGGUGCAGGUGCACCAGUUUAUCUAGCUGCUGUACUGGAAUAUCUAGCUGCAGAAGUGCUCGAGUUAGCGGGUAAUGCUGCACGUGAUAAUAAAAAGAGCCGUAUUAAUCCGCGUCAUUUACAGUUAGCUGUACGUAAUGACGAAGAAUUGAACAAACUUCUUUCCGGUGUCACUAUCGCUCAAGUUUGUCUGCAGUUUCCUGAAGGAUUGCUAUUAUAUUCAUGUGUCAUUGCGGACAUUUUACGAAAAUAUACAGAAUGUGAAAUUGUCAUUAUGGGAGACGUCACAUACGGAGCGUGCUGUGUUGGUGAUCAAGCUGCACGUGCAUUUGGAUGUGAUCUUAUGGUGCAUUAUGGACACAGUUGCCUAAUACCAAUUCAAGAAAUGCAAGGAAUUAUGAUGCUUUAUGUUUUUGUGAACAUCGAAAUGAAUCUUGGCCAUUUUAUUGAUGUGUUAAAAGCUAAUUUCGAAAAGCAUAAAAAAAUUGCGUUAGUUAGCACCGUUCAAUUCGUUGCAUGUUUACAGAGUGUUAAAAAAGAGUUAAUUGACGAAGGUUAUAAUAUUUUGAUACCACAAGUGAAACCUCUCAGUUCUGGUGAAAUCCUUGGUUGUACUUCUCCCAAAUUAGAAGGAGAUGUUGACGCAGUCAUAUACUUAGGUGAUGGACGGUUUCAUUUGGAAUCAGUGAUGAUCCAAAAUCCAUCUGUUGUUGCUUAUCAGAAGUUCACGCACGAAGAACACGAUUUUGAUUUGAUGAUUGGAAAACGGAAAGAAGCUGUAGAAACAGCUCGGAAAUGUCAGAUGUUUGGCCUCAUACAAGGUUCAUUAGGUAGACAGGGAAACCCUAAAAUUGUAGAGGAUUUGGAGAAGAAACUACAAGCAGUCGGAAAAAAGUUCGUACGUAUCCUUCUUUCAGAAAUAACUCCCCAAAAGUUAUCUUCUUUCACUGAUAUUGACUGCUGGGUUCAAGUAGCUUGUCCUCGCUUGUCAAUCGAUUGGGGUGCAAGUUUCAAGAAACCACUUCUCACCCCUUAUGAGUUGGUCACCGUGCUGCAAUAUGUUUCAUUUCGAACCGACUCAUAUCCGAUGGAUUAUUAUGCGCAUGAAAGUCUUGGACCAUGGACAAAUAAUCACGAAACACACCGAGAGAGUCAUACCAAACGGAAUCAUAUCAAAGUCGAUGCAUCACAAACUUGA